UUAUACGGCCUUGGGUAAACUUCUUGCAGAGGAUCGUGGCGAUCACCCUGGCGGUGGGUGGCCGUGUGGAGAGUGUUCCGUACAUCAGACGCCCCUUGAACGAAUUCGUUUUAACCAUUGAGCAUAACUUUAGAUGCAUGACCAGCGGCCAUGCUUUCGGACGAAUAAGUUGGCGCCGCGUGCUGUUAGCGUCUCCUGCUUAUCAUGGACGACGAAGAGCUUGAAAGGAGGGCGGCUGAGGAGCUGCUGAAGGAGGCGAAGCGUGGAGUGGCACGGGCGGAGAUGGCCGGUUCAAUGGCAUGGCUGCCGGGCACCAUCCCCAGCACCGACAAGCGCUUCCUGGCGAACACGCUGCGCCACACGCUCGCCGCCAACCGGCUUCACGGCCGGGGUAGUGCGCUGGCCAGCGCCGCCGCUGUCCCGAACCGCUCGGUGGUGCUGCGGACGGGGGACCGCGCCGCCGGGCGCCGUCAGCGGCCCGAGCAUCGGCUGUCCCCCCGGAGCAGCGGCGAGUGCGCCUCGGCACGGGUCCGGUCGGCUGGUGGCGGCGAGGUAUCUUUGCCAGCCAAGAGGCGCGGCGUGAGCGCCCCGGAGCCGCCAGCGACGGCUCGAGCAGUUGGCGAGGCCCGCGGGGCGCUGGAGGAGGCGGCGAGUGCAUCGCGAGUGGAUAAGGGUGGGCGAUCGAACUUUGCCAGGGUGGACGUGCGCAGGGGAGAGCGACGGUCUGAGAAACAGGACCUGGAGCGAAACCACAAAAAGAAAAGAUGACAUCCAGCUGAGGUGGGCUAGAAAUUCAGUGAUGCACCUUCUUUUGUGCUAUUCCUUGCACUUCAUCAUCUAAUUCUCAGAGCGUCAUAGAAACUGGCGGCUUUGGUGCUGUCACUGUUGAUUUUAAGCGUUCCACAAAUAUCCUUCAUAUUCAUCGAUGUCUUAACUUGCGGUUGUCGGCUGCUAAUAUCUCAGGAGGUACUGGUUAAAAGGCGCUGUCGAGCAGACAUUAUGUUGCCGAUGUUCGGUGCCUCAAGCAGCGCCAGUGUGGCCAUGAGUCUUUUCACGCUCAAUAUUUUGUUUCGAGCUGUGGUGAUGGUCACAAGAGGACUCUCGUGAUGAUUGGUGACCGUGAGUACUGCUUGGAGCGUCGAAUGGUGUCCAGUUGACAGUAUAGCCAAGGCUUGUUAGACAGCAUCCUUCAACUUUAAAUGUUAAAGAAUGAGCUUACAUCUCAUAGCGACUAGAUUUUGGAGAUCCAUACAAACCAGUACGUCAGAAAGGUGGUAAGGGAAAGCACGCGCGUGUUUUGUGUGUUGGUGAAAAAGAUGCAUUCGAAAUACAUUAUGGUGGAGAA